AACUAGUGAAUGAAAGGCGGCGCAACUGAGGAAGUGUGCAAAUAAGGGGAAAGGCUAAUCAAAAUGGCGGUAAGCAAUCGUGGAAGGAACAUACAGGCCAUGAAUAUUACAUCGCUAUUUAGCCGCCUACAGGGUGCAUUUUCCGAAGCAAUGGCUACACCAAAGUUUGUAAUUGAUCGACGAACAAUUGAGAAGACUUGGAAACUAAUGGAUAAGGUAGUAAAAUUGUGCCAACACCCAAAAAUGAACUUGAAAAAUAGUCCUCCGUUUAUAUUAGACAUCCUUCCUGACACGUAUCAGCACCUCCGCACUAUUUAUCAUAAACAUGAAGACAAAAUGUAUUUAUUGAAUGAAAAUGAGUAUUUUCGAAUAUUUAUAGAUAAUUUAAACCGCAAGUGUAAACAAGCUAUUAAGCUUUUCAAAGAAGGCAAAGAGAAAAUGUUUGACGAAUCUUCACACUUCCGAAGAAAUUUAACUAAACUUAGUUUGGUUUUCAGUCAUAUGUUGUCAGAACUUAAAGCUAUUUAUCCUAAUGGUAGUUACGCUGGUGAUAGUUUCAGAAUAACGAAAAGUGAUGCUGCCGAAUUUUGGAAGAAUGCCUUUGGAGAAAGCACUAUAGUUCCAUGGCGGCUCUUUAGGCAAACUCUUCAUGAAGUUCAUCCUAUAAGUUCUGGUUUAGAAGCUAUGGCACUGAAAUCAACAAUAGACCUUACAUGUAAUGAUUACAUAUCAAAUUUUGAAUUCGAUGUCUUCACAAGAUUGUUUCAGCCUUGGUCUACUCUAUUACGAAACUGGCAGAUUCUAGCUGUUACACAUCCAGGUUAUGUAGCUUUUCUUACAUAUGAUGAAGUGAAAGCUAGACUACAAAAUUACAUUAGCAAACCUGGAAGUUAUGUUUUUCGACUGAGUUGUACACGAUUAGGUCAAUGGGCAAUUGGUUAUGUCACUGGUGAAGGCAAUAUCCUGCAGACCAUUCCUCAAAACAAAUCAUUAUGUCAGGCUCUUUUAGAUGGUUAUCGAGAAGGCUUCUACCUUUAUCCAGAUGGUAGAAAUGUAAAUCCGGAUCUAAGCUGGGCUGUACAGGCUACACCUGAAGAUCACAUCAAAGUUACUCAAGAGCAAUAUGAGCUUUAUUGUGAAAUGGGGUCCACAUUUCAGUUAUGUAAAAUUUGUGCUGAGAAUGAUAAGGACAUUCGCAUUGAGCCUUGUGGUCAUCUUCUAUGUACACCAUGCUUGACUUCAUGGCAGGAUUCAGAAGGACAAGGUUGCCCAUUUUGCAGAGCUGAAAUAAAAGGAACGGAACAAGUUGUGGUUGAUCCUUUUGAUCCAACUGGGAGGACAUUUAAACGUAGUGAUGGUCAUACUUCACAUUUAGGAAAUUUAGUUGAUUUUGAUGAAGAUGAAAACUUUGAGGAUCCAAAUACAUGGACUUCUUGUCUUCAAGCUCUAGCAUUAUCACCUCGAGCUGAUGCUUCUGAUGGGAGUCGUUCUAAUAGUCGUUCACCUAUGGUUUCGCCAAAAGCCUCUCCACAGUCUUCAAGGAGACCACCUAAUGCUGCUCCGCCUCCAGUUCCACCUCGACAUGCCUCUCCCACUGGUACUCCAGGGCAAUCUCCUAGUUCAUCUCCUCGAAUAAUUACAUGCUUGUGUAUCCCUGCGAGUUGCAAAUAGAUGCAUGUGGGAUUUGAGGCUAAAAUGUUUGGGAAACAUUGAUCUAAGAUAUGGAACAUCAGUUGUUAAACAUCUAUAUAUGAAGAGAUGGCAGAUGAAAAGUUAAAGAUAUGCUGACUGUUUGCCAAACCUUCCUUUUCUAUAAAUAUGGAAUGUUUUUUCAUUUUAUAAUAGCUUAAUAUCAUCUAAAUUUUCAUUAGCAAUUCUAUUAUCUUUCUUUUUAUAAUAUUUCAUUUUCUCUGUUUGUUUGUAGUAAGAUUUAUGUCUUAAUUUUAAGCAGAUUUUGUUUUAACAAAUAACAUGCUAAUUUUCUUUGACAGAAUGUGCAGAUUUCGCUAAAUUCUAUAUGAUUCACAUUUAUGUCCUUUUCAUUUUAAAUUCCCAAAAUAAUUUCUUCCUUCAUGAAGGAAAAGAGUGGAUAGGGCAUUGCAUGAUCAGAAUUCAAAAACAUUAAUGAGGUCACGUAAUAUUUGGCCUGUGUGUAUUAUUUCAUUUCAAUCAGCAGCAGUUACAGUUUUGUUUUGUAGCUUUAUAAGAGUUUGGAGUAGCACUUAUUGAGUCAGUAGCAUGCAAAUAUUAAAUUUCAAGUUUUACUGUCACUUUGUAAAAAUUUAAGGAUGCUUGAGAAUACAUGUGUUUCAAGUACAGUGAAGAAAUUAAAAAUAUAUGAUUUUGUAAGCAGUUCAAUUAUUACUGUAUGCUACUGAUCCAUGUAGCAGAUGAUUUAGUGCUACAGCUGAUGAAUGCUCUUUACUUUGUCUCACAAGCGUAAAUUGUCAUUUGCGAUUUCCAAAAAAAUGGUGUCAAAACUUUUAAAUGCAGUAAGAUGAAAUUGUAUAAUAUGUUUCCCUUUGAAGUAUUUAUUUACUCAAUGUUCAUUCCUAAAUAUUUUUUGCCCAAAAUCAAAUAUUUUCUGUGUUUUGGAAAUCAUAUCAAGAAAGUGAUUGAACACUUGUUAUUGUAUUGAGUAAAAUAAACCGUCAUAAUAAAAUAUUGAAACAACUUAAAAGAUGAUUUUUUCAGGUAUUACCUACUGUGUUUCAGUGCAAAAUAUGCCAUAAAAUGCA